AUGGAAAAUGUGACGCCCAGCGGCUCCCCAGGUGACACCAGCCUGAUGGGCUACAAUUACCUGGCCUUGGUGCUUGGCAUCGUCUUGAUCCUUGUCAUCAUCCUGGGGAACAUCCUGGUAUGUCUGAGCGUGCUCACCGAGCGCUCACUGAAGACCGCCACCAAUUACUUCAUCAUCAGCCUAGCGGUAGCUGACCUGCUGCUGGCUGUGCUCGUGCUGCCUCUCUACGUCUACUCGGAGUUCCUAGGAGGAAUCUGGACCCUGAGCACCUCCAUUUGUGAUGCUCUGAUGACCAUGGAUGUGAUGCUGUGCACUGCCUCCAUCCUAAACCUCUGUGCCAUCAGUGUGGAUCGGUACAUCGCAGUGGUGGUGCCCCUGAGAUAUAACCGAAACCAGUUCAGUGUUCGACAACUGGCCCUGAUCACUGCAACCUGGGUGCUGUCCCUGGGUGUGGCGAGUCCUGUCAUCUUUGGUCUGAACCAGGUGCCAAACCGGGACCCAACGGUGUGCAAACUGGAGGAUGAUCGCUUUGUGGUGUACUCGUCCAUCUGCUCGUUCUUCGUGCCUUGUCCUGUCAUGCUCUUCCUCUAUUACUGGAUGUUCCGCGGUCUGCGGCGUUGGAGCAGUCGUAGCCGGCCGCGGUCUCACCGGGUUGGACGGAGAGGUCUCUCUUUGCAUCUUGGCUCAGCUCUGCGUAGAGCGAAAGAUGCAAGUACUGACAGCAGAGGGAAGGUUGUAUUCACAGUGUCACCUUUAAGCCCCACCUCUCCGUCCACAUUCCCCACGACAGCACCUGGUGCAGCCCCCCUUACAGAGCGAAACCAGGACGGAACAGCAAUGGCAGCUGAUAGCGACCCAAUGACCACUCAGAUGGACAGCGCCUCGAAUGGCGAGAACACAGGGGCCAGGGAGGGAAGCAGCCGUAGAGAGAACGGCCGGAAAAGGAGCACCAUUAAGAGGGGACGAAGGACCAGUAAGACCAGCAGGGUCAGUGGGAGGGAACGCAAGGCCAUGAGGGUCCUACCAGUCGUUGUGGGUGUCUUCCUGGCCUGCUGGACGCCCUUCUUCACAGUCCACGUCACCAAGGUGUUGUGCCGCUCCUGUGACAUCGGUCCCACCCUCAUUUCUGUGGUCACAUGGCUGGGUUAUGUAAACAGCGCCGUUAACCCCAUCAUCUACACAGUCUUCAACACGGAGUUCAGGAACGUCUUUCACAAGCUGCUUUGCUGCCGGACAUGACCCUGAAAAGCUCCGGAAGUCUUCUUCAUCAAGUCUUACUCCUCUAUACUCAGACUGUCUCUCAUUUUAGCGCAUUAGUCUAUUUCUUAGAGCAGAGGCAUCAAAUACCUGACAGAUGUUUAAUGAUAUCUGAUUAGAUUAGAGGUAAAGUGCUUACAUGUCAGUGUGGAUGUGUUUGGUUCUUCUCACUUUGGUUAAUGUUCUUGAGACACAAGUGAUGAAAACAGAUCAAACAGAAAUUGGAAUGUUUAACAAAGCUGCUGAGAUUUGUAGCUUUUAAAUCUGUGAAUCAUGAAAUCUAGCUGGAUGCAGACAAAUAAAACAAUAGGAGCGAAGGAUGAAACUGGCUUAUGGCUCCCUGUCCUCUGGGUCUCAGGAGGCGACCCUGUUGGUAACGAGAAAACUAACGCACAAGCUCCAAUACCAGAGACUUAC